AUGCAACUAGUGGAAAGGACAAGUGCGUUACUUUAUAAGGGUAUUGGAAAGAUUACUCAGGGUGGCAUUGGUAAGAAUGGCGAUUGGAAGUACCACAAGGACUGGAAAGCCGAGGGUCAAGUUGCCGAGGGACUUGGCUUGGUCAAUCAAUAUGUCAGAUUACAUGACAUGAAUGGUGAUGGCAAAGCAGAAUCUGGUGUCGAGGCUGACACUAAUGACUGUCUCAGACUACAUAUGGAUUCAUCCCAAGACCAGAGAAAUCACAUGCUGGCUCAACAACCUUCCCAAACCAUGGCUGGUAACAACAAUGCUAUCAUUGGUAGCGGACUUGGUCCCGCGAAGACUAUUUAUCUGGCGGAUAUGAACGGGGAUGGGAUGGAUGAUUACCUUGUGGUAGACCCAGACAACGGGUCGGUUCGCGCAUGGUGGAACUAUGACCCUGAUGAGAGCUGGGAUAACGGCUGGAAAUAUGUUCCUGGCGGCGAGGUCACUUCGGGAGUGCCGCAUGCCAACCUCGAGACUUUGCGAUUCCCAGACAUCAAUGGUGAUGGACUAGCUGAUUAUGUCUACAUUGGUGAAGGUGGGUCGCUAAACCAUCAUCUGAACACUGGUUCUGUCGGAGGACGAGAUGUUCUGUUUCAUGCUAUGGGAGGUAUCGCUGCCAGAGCCGCCAGUGACAUCUCCAAGUUGGUGUUUGCUGAUGUAAGUGCAACGGUACCUAGACUUUAA